UAAUUUAUUUCUUUUUGAUUUUUGGAUCUGGUAGUAAUUUUACUUACUGUUAAUUGCGAGAACUUGGAGAAAACACGAAGAAUUGUUGUAGAAUAUGCCUUUUGUUUGUUAUUGAUUGGUUUAUUUAGAUAGAAUCGUUAAGUCAUUAUACUGCAAUGAAUUUUCGGUUCGUCGUAACAAUGUCAAAGCUUUUGGUGUGUUUUUACAUGCUCAUUGUUGCCCGUUUCUUGGUUUUGAUAGGGAUAGUGUUUUGUUUAUUGUUUUAAUCAUUGUGGGCGGAUGAUGUUUCUGAUAUGACGGGCGAGAGCGGGUCCUAUGGUGGGUUGAGGAUGAGGGUUAGCAAGUGUAUUAUGGUGGGUGGAUGAUGUCUCUGAUGAGACGAGUGAGCGAGUGCUACGGUGGGGUAAGGAUGGGGGUUAGCAAGUGUAAUGUGGUGGGUUUGCAUGACACAGUCACUUUAAGAAUGUGAGCUGUGUUGCGUGAAAAUAGGAAAGUGCGAAAAUGAGGAAAUAGAAUUUCUCAAAAUUAGGGAAAUGCGGAAACUUCAACAAGAUGCCAACCGUUAGAGAAUGUGAGCAUGAGUACUACCCUUCAAUUAAGGGGCUUCUACAGCCACAUAUGUAGAUGAUAAGAGUGUUAUGUUGGUAUUCAUAACUAAUUAACUUAUAAGUUACUUUGGUAUUAUAUUAUGCCAAGAUACUUUAGGCUUAAAGUGACUAAUAAUAUGGUAAAAUAGUUGAUUAGCAAUCUUUUUGAUAGGCCAUAGUUUUUUUUUUUUUUUUUUUUUUUCCGAACCUUGCAUGUAAAACUAUGUUGUUAGUGCUAUUAUGUUUGAUGGAGCAUCAGCUGUUGAUUUUAGCUAGUUGUGUUUCCCCUCUCAGCAUAAGAUAAAUUAUAAAAAGUAGUUAGAAGCCUAGAACUGAAACUAGAUUAGCUGGAUUCAGCAUCGAAUAUCUGCAGCGUUGAACUUUCGAUAUCAUUGGAUGUCUUUUCAGUUACCGUUUGUCAUAUGGAAGUUAUGAUAGUGGAAAGGGAGUUCUUUUUCAUGAACUACAAUUUUUAUUUUGCAGUACGAAUCUCUGCCAGUGCCAGUGGAUUGUUUGUCCAGCUUAGUUGCCUUAUACUGCCAAAUUCAUUUACGCAGCCUGUAGUCACCAUGUAGUGCUAGCGCAGACUAAUCAAAGACCAAUAUAUCAGUUCUUUUUACAAAUUUUGGUUACUGAGCAAUAAGCUCACUAAAUUACUGCAUAGGCUUGGAAUAUAAAGGGACGCCUGAAGUGUUUGCUUUUUGCUUGCCGUCCUCUAAGAGAGAGUUUUCUUGGAUUCUGGUUUAUGAUUUGUGAAAGGUUAGCUUAUACUUUUGUCUCAAAUAUCAGAGACUUACUAGCACAGAGAUCUAGCAGUUUGGUGAUGGACUUUUAUGUUUUGUGAUUGUCUUCUCUUUCCCCAAAUAAAGCAUCCUUUGAACAAGGUAUUUCCCCCCUAUUACAAGCUGUUAAUAGUCAAUAUACUAUGAGGAGUGAAGUUUCCCUUUCUUACUAGCUCAAAGUUGCCUUAUAUUGCACCAGGAUGUUAUAUAGGCUUUCAAGAUUUGACUACGUAAGAUAUUCUCUUCAAGCUAAUGUUUUAUCAUCCACUUGUUAAUUAGCUCAUUCCUUUUUGUCCGAAUAUGAGCAAGUACCUACAUAGAGGAAGUUAAUUAGAUUGUCAAAUGCUUGAGAACGUAAAAUUUCAAUUAUCUACUUUGAUUAUCCCGUGGUAAUUUCAGUAAUCAGUAUCUAUAUUUCUUAUUAUCUAAUUUGGUGAUGAUAGUGUAUAGUUUUUCUAAUAGAGGAACACUUAUAUUGCAAUUCUUUGUUCCUUCACUAAAGCCAUCUGUGAGAAAUUAAGGCAUAGUUUCUCUUGGAGGAUAGCUUGUUGAAGAGGACCAGUUUGUGCAAAAGUAUUAGCUUGGUAACUUUAUUUUCUUGAUUACAUUCUGGUUCCGCAUGCUAGAAUCUCUUCAUCUCUCACGAGCAUAUUAGAAGUUUAUAGUUGUGAUGCCUUCUUCUUUUUUUUUUGGAUCCCUUUAUUCCUGAUCAUCUUUGCUUAUCAGAGAUUAAGUGUUAUUCUGGAACAAUAAUCAUUUUGGUAUGUUUAAGUGCACUGCUGGGAUGUUCAGACUUCAGAUAUGUGUAUUUUAGCUGAUGAAGGGCAUAUAUUGGUUAAGAGAGCUUGAUUAUGAAUGGGCAUUAUGGAUGGAGUAGUAUUUUUUUUUUGGUUUAUUUUGCUGUGCUAUGAUUGUCACAAGAUAGGAUUCUUUGUUUUAGUUUCCAUUAGUAUAUUCAUACUUUGUCUGUGUACUAUUGUAAGGGUGAUAGAUACUUGUUAUGAUAAAGAAUCUGGGAUGAAAGUAUACACCGAUAAUAACAACCUUCCCAAAGUACACUGCUUCCCACCUUGCUAGUUGAUAUUGUUGGAGAUCUGAUCUUUAAAUACACACAGAAAACAGAAGCUGAAAUACUAAAUUUUGGAUGAGUAUGGAGCUGAAAAGUUCAUCCCUAAAACCUAGUGGUCUUUCGUCCCUUGAUUGUGUCAGUGAUCCAGACGAGAAGGAAAUUAGUGAUGAUGAUGAUGAUGAUCGCAACCAUAAGCAUCGUAGACGGGAGACUAGGUCUCAGUCCUCGGAGAGAGAUCCGUCAGAACAAGCUUUGACACAACCGUACAGAAAGCGUAACAGGACAUUUGAAAAUGGGCAGAGUGAUCCCCAAUCUCACUAUAAUCUAGGCAGGGACUUCAUGAAGUUUGAGAAGAGGCGGCCACCUGGAGUAAAUUUCUCUCGGUUUCCUGGAGAGCAUGGAUCUGGCAGAGGAAGAGGUAGAGAUUUCCAACGUGAUUUACGGUUUGGCUCUGUUGAUGUUGCUUCCCAAAUGGCUCAUCCAGGUCCUAUACAACCGGGUAUGUUUACAGGAAGAGGGUUGCCUAAUGUUCCAAAUGCACAAAGUUCGCCUUGGAGUGGUUUUGGACUACUUCCUGCAAUUCCAAAUGGUGCGAUAGAGGCGAUUAAUCCGCUUGGGAUGCCAGGAAUCCUCAGACCGCAGCUGAAUCCUUCUCUGAACAUUGGUAUCCAUCGUCAACGCUGUAGGGACUUCGAAGAGCGUGGAUUUUGUUUGAGAGGUGAUAUGUGCCCAAUGGAGCAUGGUGUCAAUCGAAUUGUUGUUGAAGAUGUGCAGAGCUUAUCACAGUUCAACCUUCCGGUAUCAAUCUCAAGUGCACAUGUGCUGGGUACAUCUGGUGGAAGUGGGUUCAUGCCACCAGUUGGUGUCUCUUCAGGUACAUUGAUGAAUAGCCGAGGUUCACAAAGUAGAACAAGCAAAUCUGCUGUUGAUGACGAUAGCUUGGCUGUUGCUUCUAAUGCUAGUGGAGCUGAUGUGUACGACCCUGAUCAGCCAUUGUGGAAUAAUGAUGGCAAUGAAACAUCAACUUCAUUGCUUGCAUUGCAACCACCUCACUUCGCUGAAUCUGAACCCUUUAUAGAUGCUGACCUUUCUGAUCGUCUAAUCCGUAGUAGUGGGGCAGCAAUUGGUUCACAAAGCACAAGUUCAUCUGUGUGGGGGCGACUUAAAAACUCAAAGAAUAAGCUGGAAGUGAAAGAGAAAAGUGACUCUAAAUCACUUUUGUCAGAGUUUCCUGAAAAUAAUUCAAAAGAGAUUCGUGAGGUAUCAAGUGGCACACAAGGAACUUCUAUUCUUGGAAAGCAAAGCAACGGAGGACCAUUUGGCACGAAAGUGACAGGUUCAACUUCUAAACUGCAAAAUGAUGCAGGUGCUUAUGUUAGGAAACCAUCACAAAAGGCCCAACGCACUUUAUUUGUCAAUUGCAUUCCACUGAAAGACAACAAGAAAGAAAACCUUCUCUCUCAUUUUAAAAAAUUUGGAGAAGUGAUUGAUAUAUACAUCCCAGCAAAUAGUGAACGAGCUUUUGUGCAGUUCUCCAAAAGAGAAGAGGCAGAGAGAGCCCUGAAGGCACCUGAUGCUGUAAUGGGCAGCCGUUUCAUUAAGUUAUGGUGGGCAAAUAGAGAUAGCAUAGCUGAAGAGGGCGGCACAAACAGCGGUAACAAUGCGAUAAUGCACCAAGGCGUGCCAGCUGCUUCAGGUUCACCUCAUCUGGCUGUUGUGAAUAGAGGAAAUGUCCAACAUGCUGGUAAGAAGGUGGUUGUGCCUAAAUCUUCUGAUAGCUUUGUGGCAGUUGCCAAUGACUUUAAACCUUUUGCCGCAAAUAGUCCCAAGGGGACACCACCAGCACAGAAAAAUAUGGAAAAUUUGGAACAUUUGAAAGAGGAGCUGCGUAAAAAGCAGGAGAUGCUGGAACAGAAGCGGAGUGAAUUUCGCCGUCAGUUGGAUAAACUUGCAAAACAGUCUCCAAAAGUCAAGGGUGAAGUAUCAGCUGAGCAAGUUGCGAAGAAGCAAAAAGUGGAGACAUCAACUGAUGUAGUGAAAGUUGCAGACUCAAAGUCCGCAAAGGCUGAUGUCUCUGGACCAAUAUCGCAGGCUGACGUGUUGUCAGACAAGAUGGUAAAUAGGGAGGAACUUGUAUUCCAGAAAUCCAGACCGUAUCCCGCUGGUAUGCUGCAGGAUCUUCCAAACUUGAAGCAGACAGUUCGUCCGAUGGCAAUCUCUGCAAUGCAUUCUCCUAUGAAUAGAUAUAAAUUGGAUAACCGGCCGACAACAUUUAGAAUUAAUGCACCUUUACCAUGCGGUUUGGCGAAUGCUGUUGCUUUAAGGGAUCACUUUUCAUUAUUUGGUGCUGUAUCUAAUGUGGACGUAGAAGAUGCUGGUGAUGAAGAGAUUCCAAAGGGCCAAAAUACUUCUGAGGCAAUGAAGAACUGUUCUGCUCGUGUAAGCUUUGCAACUCGUCCUUCAGCUGAAAGGGCUUUCCUGAAUGGUAAAUCUUGGAAUGGAUUUGCUUUACAAUUUUCAUGGGUAAAUUCAAUUAUUCCUAGUUCUAGCCGAAGUAGUGGAGAAAGUUCUUCUGCUCUCAAAGCGACCCGAAAUGCUGAAGUUCAGUCUGAGGAUAAAACAGAACAUCAUAAUUCUCAGUCCAUAUCAAGCCACAAAGAAUGUCAUUCUUCUCCUAGUAAGUCAUCACAUGAACUUUCUGGUGAAAGCUCCAGAUAUGAUGACAAAGCACAUUCUCCAGCAGCUGCUGCUAUUGAAAGGAGUUCCAUUUUUGAAGCACAAUCUCCAGAUAAAUCUGCAAGCUAUAUACCCUUAGAAACAGAUGAGCAAGAAAAUAGAGAUUCUGAAGUGCAAGACGAAGAAGAUAGCGUAAUUGAUGAUAUGAAGGCGGAUGAAGAGUUGAGAGCCGAAGAGAGAGUUGCUUAAAGGCAAAACAUGUUUCGUCAAAAUUUUUGGGACUUUGUACAGCCAGGUAAACUGUAAAAUCUAUUGAAUUUUCGUUUAUAAAAUGGGACAACCUUUGGCUUAAGAAACAAUGUAGAUGGGGGUUCUUCAGAUUCUUAGUGUUAUUUAGUGGACAGGUCAAAUAUUCUAAUUUUGAUUUCUCCACUUGAGGAUUGGUUAAUUGAGCUCAGUCCUCUUUUUUUCAUCUGUACUUCUAUAGCAUUUCAAAUAUAUAAUGUUUCAUAAACAGUUGAUAUAUUAAGGUGUUCUUUCUUAGGAAUA